GAAACGCGCGUACAGUCAAAGGGUUUUACAAGUUGAGCAUGGUUCUUUUACGCCAUAGAUUUUCGCUCACAGUGGUGGUUCAAGUAGAGAAACUGCAAAGUUUAUAUCGGUUUUAUCUACCAAGAUAUCAGAGAAACGUGAUCUGUCAAUUUCACUGGUGACUAAUUGGAUUCGUACCAAGCUGUCAUUUGCACUACUUCGAAGUCCCAUACUGUGCAUACGUGGUUCCAGAAAUAGGCAAACAAAAGUUCAAGUGGACACAGCCAACAUAGAAAUUGUAGAAACAAUAUCCCGGAUUGAUUAGUUAAAAUUGUUGGGAAAAAAAAAUAAGAUUCAAGUUUUUCAAGUUUUGUUCUAAACAUGUGUGAGCCGGCGGCCUUUCGGUAUAUAAACAGCGCCAAAUGUUGAAUCAUUGAUGAGAAAAAAAAAGUUCAUCAGUUAACCACUUCGUCAAUCGCGUGUCCACCACCUGAACGAGGUUUCUUACAGAAGCUGAGAAAAGAAGGGAAAUAUGGCGGCUCUAUUUAUAACAUGCCUUACGAUUUCUUUUGAGCUCAUAGUUGCAUUCUCAGAUUCUAUAGCACGUCUUUUUGUCCCUGAUAAAGAUGGCAAGAAAUUGAGACUUGUGGAACUCAGAAAAGCAUCAAAGAAUCUACUUAAAGAAAUUCAAACUCUAAGUCCAAUGAAUGAAUUUGCCAAGUUUGCUAGAGUCCAAAGAAAAUUGAAAAAGUCAAAGACUGACAUUUUGAGUCUAGAGAAAGAUAUCUAUAUAGAGAAUGCUAAAUUCAUAUAUCCUCUGAAAAUUGUUGUUAACUUGGCUUAUGCACUGUGCAGCCUCAUUACACUCUGGCUAUACAGAAAAGUUCCAUGUAUUCAGAUACCAGAUCAAUGGGUCUUUCCAUUUGGUUCAUUGUUAUCUUUUCCAUUGAUGUUACCAGGUGUUAUAAGUGUCCCUAUUUGGUUGCUUAUUUGUAGAACUGUGUCGCGAACUGCGUUGGCACUUAUAGGCAGUUAAAUCACGAAUGCUAGUGAUGGAAAUGUUCUUUGCAAUUCUGCCAAGAGGGGCUUCCCGAGUAGAUGUUGUGAAUCUACAGCACUGUUCUUUGGGAGGACUUUCGUGGAUCCUGAUGACCGGUCUUCUGAGUUUCAUUGAGUGAAGUUCAUGCAGUACCUCGAUGUCACUAGUUAUCGUAAAUAAGCGGAACAAUGUCAACAUAAAUAGUCUGUAUUACAAAAUUAUUUUUUAAGACUUUGUAUUUGAAUAAAAAUAUGACGCAAUCAUCAUCAUUA